AUGGCCAAGGAUGACAUUUUGUCAGCAGGGAAUGCUCUGGAUAUCGAACGCCAGGAUUCGGUGCCGACAACUAAGGCAACCAACAAUGCGAAAGCAGCUACUGAAGCGGAGCAUAACAUGACCUUGCUUCAAGGCAUCAGAACUUACCCGAAAGCCAUUGCGUGGAGCGUUCUCAUUUCCACAUGUAUCGCGAUGGAAGGCUAUGACAUCAGUCUGGUCAAUAAUUUCUAUGCAUUUCCCCAAUUCACAAAGAAGUACGGCGAAUUAAUGUCAGAUGGCUCCUAUCAAGUACCAGCUGCAUGGCAAGCUGGUCUCAGCAAUGGCGCAUAUUGUGGAGAAAUUAUCGGUCUCUUGAUCAAUGGAUGGGCCUCAGAGAGAUUUGGGUAUCGCUAUACCAUUAUGACUUCUUUGGCCCUAAUCACCAUUUUCACGGCAGUAUUUUUCACAGCGCCAAACAUUCAAACCCUGCUUGUAGCGGAAAUCCUUGCCGGAGUUCCAUGGGGCAUUUUCCAGACGCUCACGGUGACCUAUGCUUCUGAGGUUUGCCCUGUCGUUCUAAGAGGAUAUUUGACUUCGUAUGUCAAUUUCUGUUGGGGACUAGGGCAACUUAUAGGCAUUGGAGUCAUUAAAGCAAUGUUAAACAGAGAUAAUGAAUGGUCAUACAGGAUUCCAUAUGGAUUGCAAUGGAUGUGGCCAGUUCCUCUCUUUAUCGCAAUUUAUCUCGCCCCAGAAUCGCCAUGGUGGUUGGUCAGAAAGAAUAGGGAUGAAGACGCGAAGAAGGCACUUCUACGCCUCACGAAUGCCGACCGAGUCGCAGACUUCAAUGCAGAUGAAACAAUCGCCAUGAUACGACAUACCACGAAUCUUGAAGAAAAACUUUCAACAGGAGCCUCCUACUUCGAUUGUUUCAAAGGAACCAAUUUACGACGCACAGAGAUUGUCUGUCUUGUGUGGUCUAUUCAGAACCUCAGCGGCAAUUCCUUUUCCAAUUACUCUACAUACUUUUUGGAACAGGCAGGAUUAUCACCAUCUAAUUCCUAUUCAUUCGCGAUGGGACAGUAUGGGAUCAAUAUGGUUGGUGUCUUUGGAGCAUGGCUCCUCAUGUCUUUUGGAAUUGGUCGAAGAACGCUAUAUCUCUAUGGCCUCUGCGGACUAUGCACUAUACUGUUUUUGAUUGGUUUCCUUGGCCUGGUUCCUAGUGCACACAGGGAUCAAGCAUCACUUGCAACAGGCUCAAUGAUGCUCUGCUGGGCAUUAUUCUAUCAGCUUUCAGUUGGAACUGUGGCCUAUUCGCUCGUGGCAGAAAUCUCUACUCGUUCACUACAAAUUAAGACUGUGGUGCUCGGUCGCGUCCUAUAUAAUGUCGUUGGUAUCAUCUGUGGUGUUUUAACUCCCUAUAUGUUGAACCCUGCCGCUUGGGAUUGGAGUAAUUAUGCAGGGUUUUUCUGGGGAGGAGUUUGCUUUCUUUGUGUUGUAUACACGUUUUUCCGAGUUCCAGAAACGACUGGUCGCACCUUUGCUGAACUUGAUAUGCUUUUUGAAGAGAAAGUGUCGGCCAGAAAGUUUGCCAGCACUCAAGUUGAGGUAUUUAGAGAUCAGGUGGAAGUGGAAGUGUUCGAGCACACCGUCAAAGAAUGA